ACAGAGGCCAGCGACCACGUGUGGGCAACGGAAAUCAUCGACGCUCAUCAUCUAGUGUUCCGUGUUAUUUCGUCUUGUAAUGGCAAUUAGAAACAUGGAGUUAUUUUAAAGCAUUUUUGCCUGUACAGUUUCACGAAUACCUCUAAACGAAAACGCUCAGCUUGAAUUUCAACUAGAUGACAAAUUCGGAAAAUUUAAAAGGAACAUCGGGGCGCAGACGUAACUGAUAUUCUUUCUGCCAGAAAGCCCAGGGGAACGUGAAAUAUCGUGUCACAGCACGCGCCACAUUCCGGACAACAUCGGCACAGAGAUCCCAUUGUUGCAAAGUGAUGGUUGAUAUAUUAAUACAUGAAUCUGAAAUCAUUGGGUAAUGAAUAAAUAUUUCCCUGGAAACAUUGUGCAUAAAUAUUUUCCAAGAAAAUAUUGCAGUUACUGCCUGGAUCCUGUCAACCGAGCUUAAGAACUAUAAAACCGAUGCCAUAGGUAGAAUACGUUUGUCUCGUGACCUAUCGGAUUACUAAGCACGAAACUUGGUAAGAUAUUAUACUGUGUUUCAAAUAAAUGGAAUUAACGUCAAUUUAAUUCGAGUAGGAAGGAAAUGAUAAUUGAAUUAAAUGGCAUGGUAAUUUAAAUUCAUUCCUGCUGCCACGGAAACCAGAGACAUUUGUGUAAGAUUGUAAAGCGAAAGUCGGUAGUAAACCGGAAGUAUGAGGGACCUCCAGCGGAAGUUGGUGGAGCUGAAGGAUGCAAAGGACGAGAAGAUGAUGAAAUUGAAGAACUUCCGACCAUCAAACGGGAAGGACAUCAUCACCGCUCCUUUCAAGCGUGGGAUGGAGGAGAAGGGAUUCGCUCAGUAUGACGAGCUGGACGAGGUGUACGGUGGCCCUGACGAUGAGGAGCCACGGGAGGCUCGGCCAGAGUCCAACUGUCCAAAAUUGUGCACGCGCUGCCCCUGUAACAACAUGGCGUGGUUCUGCAGGUGCGAUUUCUGCGCGCGCCGUUACCAGAUGGCUAUUCUAAGCAGUAUCGGCUUCAUGCUCUCGUUCGGAAUUCGCUGUAAUAUGGGCGUGGCUAUAGUCAGCAUGACCAAAAAUGAAACCUCGGAUACAAACGGCGACGGUCUCUUGAACCAACCAGAAUUCACGUGGACGCCGGAGACGAUCGGGGUAGUUGACAGCUCGUUUUUCUGGGGUUAUAUCCUCACCCAGGUGCCCGGGGGCUACCUUGCCUCCAGAUACUCUGCAACUAGGAUAUUCGGGCUAGCUAUCGGCACGUCCGCCUUCCUGAACAUGUUCAUCCCUUCGGCCGCUAGGAUCCACUUUGGGGUCGUCAUGGCUGUUCGCAUUCUGCAAGGAUUUGUUGAGGGUGUAACAUAUCCGGCGUGCCAUGGAAUUUGGAGCCACUGGGCGCCUCCACUUGAGCGCUCCAAGCUUGCCACGACUGCCUUCUGUGGAUCAUACGCAGGGGCCGUGAUCGGGAUGCCCCUCUCAGGAAUCCUCACUAAAACACUCGGCUGGCAGUCUGGAUUCUACGUUUUUGGUGCUAUGGGGAUGGUGUGGGCCGUGGUCUGGUGGUUCCUAGCCUUUGAGAGGCCCAGUAAGCAUCCAUAUAUAACCGAGCACGAGCGUGUCUACAUUGAGACAUGCAUCGGGGAAAACACCAGCGUUUUGAAAACGGAGAUGAAGACGCCAUGGCUGAAGUUUGCGACAUCACUUCCGGUGAUUGCGAUCAUGGUGGCGAACUUUUGUCGCUCGUGGACAUUCUACCUGCUUAUCAUCGAGCAGCCAUCAUACUUCAGCGAGGUCUUCGACUUUGACAUUUCCAAGAGCGGGAUACUGUCGGCGUUGCCCCAUUUGAUUAUGGCCAUUAUAGUUCCAAUUGGUGGUUUUAUUGCCGACUUCUUGCGUAGGCGCGGCAUUCUAUCCACAACUGUUGUUCGAAAGAUCUUUAACUGUGGAGGUUUCGGCAUGGAGGCGGUUUUUCUGCUGGGCGUGGGAUUCACUCGAAACACAACCACCGCCAUUGUCUGUCUGACCCUGGCCGUCGGCUUCAGCGGAUUUGCAAUAUCCGGUUUCAACGUGAACCACCUGGACAUUGCACCUCGCUAUGCCAGCAUCCUGAUGGGCUUCAGUAACGGGUUCGGCACCAUCGCCGGCAUGCUGUGUCCUAUCAUCACGGAGUCCCUCACCAAACACGAGACUGCCGACGAUUGGGAGAGGGUUUUCAUCAUAGCCAGCUGUGUCCACUUUGCUGGCGUCAUCUUCUACGCCAUUUUCGCUUCCGGCGACAAACAGGAAUGGGCGGACCCGCCAAACGACGAAUCGUGGAAACCAGAAGACACGCUAAAAUCUGAGGACAUGACCACUUCGUAUGGAAGCCUGGGUAAAGAAAGCUUCGCCAAACCAAACGGGACCGUGCAAAGCAAUAGCAUUGCUGGAGACGGAUACGGUUACGGAUAUGAGGAUUACGAUCAGAAGUUAGAUUACACCAAGCAGAAUGGUAGCGUUCAAGAACAUGGAAGAGUAGUGGACGACAGCGGUUAUGGAUAUGAUGAACCUGUCAAAAUUAAUACGGACUACUUCUCGCAAUAUGGACAACCUGUUUAUGAAACGAAAGAAGAACUUGUGCAAAAACGCGCUAAUGAACAUGUAUACUAUUCAGAUGAUGAACAGGAUAUAUGAAAAGCAUUUAACAAUAAUAGAACAAAAUAAUCUGGUGGAUAAAUAAGAUAAAACGUCCUUAGAUGAAAGAUUACUGUAGACUGAGUGGUACAUUCGUUCAUGACUGUGUUCAAACAUGCAAAUAGCAGAGUGGUUUAUUUAUUCUCCUGAUAUCUAUUGUUACAGUAGUAGAAAGAUUUUAUCGCGGAUCAUUACCAAUGUGUCCGUUGUUUUAAUAUCCGAUGGUUGUGCACUGACUUGUGCUCAAGUUCUUUGUUUGUUGUAAAAUAGAUAUAAAUGGAUUUAGGGUAGGCACAUUUUUCUGUCAUAGAAUAUAAUCACUUCUCAAAUGUCUGUUCUUUACUAAUAUUUACUUACGCUAAAUGAGGAUAAUUGUGAUGGUAACAAGAAUAUCUUUUCUGUACAAACUUUAUUUUCUCUGUCUGAGAAAUGUUAUACCUUGGUCGUGUUAAAAGGACUUGCUCAUAUUUUUGGGACCAAAAAUCCGUUUCCUGUUUAUGCAUCUGAAAACACUUAUUUUGUCAUUAUAUUACUCUAUGAUAAAUUUUUUAUCAUAAUUGCAGAAAAAUACCAUUAUAGUGUAAAAAUGUAUUUGGCUUUAAAUGGGGUGCCAAAUCAAGAAAAAUAGAAAACAGACGCCUUAACCCCUAUGCUACUAAGACUUAUACAAAAGUGAUGAAUAUUUUGACUUUUUAACAAUACAUUGAUAACAAAGGCGAUAUUUACAUUUGCUGAAGGGUUCCAUCUUUUGGUAUCUUAGUUUUAACACUCCUAAUAAUUUGCCACACAAACAUGCAUACAUGCAUACAUAAAAAUGCAUUUUAUAAAAACAUAAGCGAGUUCCUUUAAUGCAAAAACACACCUGCGGCCAACACGAUAUUUACCAAGACAAGGUAAUGUCAACUUCAUAUGACGUAACGGCCGUUAUCACUCAGCUAGACUAGUGUAUUUGAAAUGAAAAAAACUGUUAGAAUUUUCUCUGUAACACAAUGUAGAUGUUUGAAGUUUGUUUGACUGUAAUUAAUAUUAUUGAUAUGCAAUGUUAGAAAUGCUAAAAAUAAACGUUAUGGCCGUUUGUUUCAUACUAUUUAUUAAAAAAGUCGUCGAUAUGACAUGGGCACC